CCUCUCUCCCACCACAGACCCCUUUUGCAGCCGCUCUCUCACGUCGGGCGGACCAUCUUGUCUACCGUAAACUGCGGUCACUUUUCUACUGCAAAAACCAUAGCCCGCCCUUCGCAAGACCUGCAAUCCUCGACCACAACCUCCGCCGCUAUGGCCGCGCCAAAGGCCGGCGGCUUCAAGCUCUCACUUUCCGGAGCGAAGAACAAAGCUGGACUCACAUCAACUCCGCAGCGUCCCGCAAAGCGCCCACGCCUCGAUCUCGGCGACGACGCACCCGAGGAGGACAACAAGCAAGAGAUUUCGGGCUGGGACGCAGCAGAAGGCGGUGCAGUAGAUGCAAGCGGCAAGAAGGAGGAAUCGAAAGGCCCUCGGGUCAUCCCGCCGCUGCCAAACCGCAAUUGGCGCGAGGAGGUGCGGAAGAGGCAGCUCGCCAGAGCCGGUGGCCAGGGUAACCAGGAUGGCGUGAAUACGGAGGAGUCGAAGAUGGCAUACGGCUUGACUACAUUCAAGAAAGACGCGCAAGAGAAGAGCCCAUCUCCUGAGCCCAUGGAUACCGCCGAGGAUGGCAAGGAGGCCGACGAUGGUCUCACCGAAGCGCAGCGGCUUGAGAAGAACGCCCUCGACGCACUACUUCACGGCAAGGCCACGGAUCACAGCAUCAUCCCUAUCCAGUCCGAAGAGGAAGCCUUCCAGCACGACUUCCGCGAAGCCCCCGACGCACCCACCCUCGAAGCCUACGAAGCCGUCCCCAUCGAAGGUUUCGGCGCCGCGUUGCUCCGCGGUAUGGGCUGGAAAGACGGCGAAGAGAUCGGGCACGACAAGAAACCGGCGGUCAAGCCUAAAGAAAUCAAGCGUCGUCCUGCUUUACUAGGCAUCGGUGCGAAGGAGGAAGCGGCUGUGGGCAUUGAGCUGGGGGAAUGGGGCAAGGGAAAGAAUAAGGUGAAGCAGAGCUACAACCCGGUUGCGCUGCGUAACAAGGUCACUGGAGAAAUUAUCACCGAAGAGGAGUUGAAGGCUAGGCUCGAGGCGCAGAAGAUGGUUGAUGACGCGAAGCCGGAGAAGAAUUCUAGCAAGUAUAACGACUAUGAUGAAGAGAAAAGACGCCAGAAACGGAAGGAGAGAAAAGAUCGGGAUCUACGGGGAGAAGCCGACUACGAUAGCGAGCGUCGCCGUGACAGCGAUCGACGGGAUGAGCGCCGGAGGGACAGAGAUGACGACUCCUCGGACCGAGAGAAGAGGCGAGAGAAGAGGCGCUACCGAGACGACUAUGACGACAGCGAUCGGAAUCGAGAAAAGAAGAGAUAUCGGGACGACGACUACAAUGACAGCGAUCGACGGCGAGAGAAGAGGAGGGACCGCAGCAGAAGCCCAGCCGACGAGAAGAGGCGCGAGAGGCGGCGUGAGCGCGAUCUUCGAGAGCGGGAUAGGAGCCCCGACAGCGACGACUAUCGAAGGGAAAAGCGUCGCGAGCGUGAACGCCGGGACAGAGACCUGAGGAGCCCAGGCAGAGACAGCGAUGACUACAGGAGAGAGAAACGCCGCGAGCGGGACCGCCACAGAGAGAAGAGAAGCAGGAGUCGGGAUACUAGAGACAAGCGCGAGCUGAGGGCUUAAAAAAUGCCAGAGUAUCGUAGUAGGCGGUUCUGUGCUGCUUUCUGGGCCUGCUGGAUGGGCGGUCGAAGGAUCGCAUUGGAAUUAAGUAGUGACAGAACAGGAACAACGCAUCCGGCGUACUCUUGCUGAGCCGUUGAACAGUGUCAGCGGUUUACAUGUCAAUCUAAGGAGUGCAUGCAUAUAUAGAUUAGAGAUACCCUGAAGCCAGAAUGCGGCAUCUAUUAC